ACAACCUUCCCAUAUGGAUCCUUUCAAUUCCUCUCCACCCUCCUCUCUCUCUACGCUUUCUAAUCAUCAACUCAGAACUAACGAAGGCCCAGCACCAACAAGACAUCCCUCCAUGGCCGAUUUUCUCUCUCAUCCACUAUGGGUCGGCGCUGCCAUCUCUUUCUCCGUCGGCUUUGCCGUAGGUACCUUCAUCUUCAUCGUCUGGAAACUCGCCAUCAGCCGCUGCCGUCGCAUCCAAACCAACGAAGAAGAACUCGCCAACACCCCCACCGUCUUCAGCCCCAUGCUCAGGUCCAACCUCUCCUUCAUCGACAAGCUCCGAAAUAAUGACUUCCCCUCCCCUCUCCAGGUCAUAGGCCGUGGCGGCUGUGGCGAGGUCUACAAGGCCGAGCUCCUUGUCUCCGGCCGGAAAAUCCCCAUCGCUGUCAAAAAGGUCCUCCAACCGCCCCUCGACGCCGCCAACCUCAGCGAAGAAGAAAGCAGGCACCUUCACUUCCGAAUGCGACAAAUCCGGUCGGAAAUCCUCACCGUCGGCCGGAUGCGCCACCCAAAUCUCCUCCGCCUAUUGGCACACGUGCCACAACCUGACUGCCACUACCUUGUCUAUGAAUUCAUGCACCAUGGCUCUCUGCAUGACGUGUUAAAAAGCGGAGCUCCCGAGUUGGACUGGCCGACUCGCUAUCGCAUCGCUCUCGGAAUCGCCGCUGGCCUCGAGUAUCUCCACGAUGUGCACCGGCCAAGAAUUAUACACAGAGAUUUGAAGCCAGCAAAUAUCUUGCUUGACGAUGGACUAAACGCCCGGAUCGCUGAUUUCGGGCUGGCGAAGGUGGUGCCGGAUUUUAUCAGCGGACCAUUGAGUUCGAAUAACAUCGCCGGAACAGUGGGGUACAUUGCACCGGAGUACUACCAGACAUUAUCAUGCACUGAUAAGUGUGACAUAUAUAGUUUUGGAGUGAUUCUGGCAGUGCUGGUUACUGGGAAAUUUCCAAACGAUGCAUUCUUUCAGAUGACUGAUGAAAUGUGCAUCGUUGGAUGGGUGGCGAGUGUGAUAAGAUCGGACGAUCCAAAGGUGGCACUUGAUCCGAAUUUGGUGGGGUGUGGGUUUGAGGAGAAGAUGUUGCUGGUGUUGAAGAUUGCUUGUUUUUGUACGUAUGAUGAUCCCAGUGAGAGGCCUAAUAGUAAAGAUGUUCGAUGUAUGCUAUCUCAGAUAAAGCAUUAGAUUAGCAAGGGUUAACUGCUCCAUAGAAUGGAGAUAUGUAUCACUCUUAAAUUGUAAAAUGAUUGUAUUGUCUUCAGCUAUAUGGCAUGAUAAUUUAUGAGUAACAAUAGAACGUGAAAUA